AGGUAUCCUGUCAAAAUUUUUUAUUUAAAAUACAACGAGUUAUUAUAAAUCAGUUGCAAUGUAAGGUAGAGCAUACACUUAUAAAUUUUGGGGUUUGUCCAAAUGAAUCACAAAAUAUCAUUUUAAAGUUCAAAUGCUGAAUCUGUUGUGUUUGAAUGGAAGUAAUAUCAAAUAACAUUUCACUACAGUGAUGAAUAUGGGAUGAUACUGCACAAUGGACCGUCUGUACUUUCAAUUCAAAAACUUAUAAUGGAUAACAUAAAACAUUCAUUUCAUCAUCUUUGUCUUGUUUAACUCUGGAUCAAGUAGUUUCAGUUCAGGAGUUACCGUAUGUCCCUUGAUCUAUUGGAAACUGGCGGCUGCCAACAGUGUCCGUGAAAUGGCUUAUGAAUCGAUCAACCAAUGCUUUUCAAAUUGUGAUAUGUUGAUACUGAUGACAAAAUGGAGAUGGCAUAGAUUAUAAAUGAAGAAAAAAAUCAUGGACAUGUUCAUCCUUCUGACUGUCCUUCAGAUGUUAUCCUUUAAUGAAGCCUACAACUUCACCUGUCCAUCACAGGCACACUGGAAUAUUCGGGCAAAAGCCAUGUGUAAGCCUCCAAAAAAUUAUACUUGCUUAUUUGAUAUAACUUUUCGAGUGAAUGUAUACAGAGAAAUAUGUAACAGACCUAGAAUAUUAGAUCGUGGUCAUAAAUACGUCUUUCAGCCGAACUUAAACAAAGCAACAUGCAGUGCAACUCGAUAUCAGCCUUUCAUAUUUUACACAAUUGGAAACAGUGACUGCACCUAUCAAAAAUCACUUUGUAACAGCAUAGGUCAAGAGACGUAUGAAUACGGCAACACUACGGUCGACAUAAAAUGUAUGUGUAAUACUGAUAGAGGAUAUACUUUUGUCAUGAACUCAAAAAACCAAUGUUACUGCAAUCCUUCUACUGACGAUUGUUCCUGUUAUCUCGGAAUAAACCAAUACAACAAAACGGUUGGACUGAACGAUAUCAAAUGUUACGAUGACACGAAAAGGACAGGAAGUCGUUACUUAGGAGAUAGGUUUAAUAUAUCACGGAAAAUUAAGAUCAUUGAAUUUGACAACUACAACUACAACCUAAACUAUUAUAAAUAUCACAUCGAAGCAUUUCAAUGGGUUUUGACAUUGUCAUUAGCAUCCUGCGUUGUUUGUAUUAUUCUACUGACAAAUCGGCGACAAUUGAGAAGAUGUAUCAAACUUCCUAAUAUUUUUCCAGAAGCCAUAAACCAUUUAUCAGAGGAAGAUAAAAUCAGAUACAAUGAGCUUAUGCAAACUGAAAAAAAAGAAAACAGGUAUUUUGUUAGAAUUAUGAUAGUCGGAAAGGAAUCGACAGGAAAAACGUGUCUCUUGAGGAGAUUAUUGAAGGAAGACAUAUCUGGUGUAUCGAGUACAGAUGGUGUUGAUAUUGUUGUUCGUAGAUGCAAAAUCAACAUAAGAGAUGGAAAAUGGAUAAUCGGCAAAGAAAUUGCCGAUGAUAAAGUGAGCCGGAUUAAGAGAGCACUGAUUCCAAAUGCCGAGGACAGAAACACUGAAAAUAUUGAGGUAGAUGAGAGAAAAAAUAUAAAUAUAAGUCAUGGUGAUGAUAUAUCUACCUAUAAAAAAGACACCACAACCGACAUAAUGGUUAUUCGGGAUAAAAGUGAAGAUACAAAUGAGUCUGAAUUAUUGGUAAUGCUUGAGGAUUUCAAAGCAAAAUCAAAAGUUAAUCUGGAUAAAAAAGGAGAUACGAACCAGUCUUCAUCUUUGGUAAUGCCUGAGGAUAUCACUAGCGACGCAAAGAUUAAUCUGGAUAACAAUAAAGAAACGAAUAAGUCUUCAUCAUUGGUAAUGCCUGAGGAUUUGAUGUCAAAUAUGUUUUCCAAGUCAACUGUUAAUUCUCCUUCAAACCUUUAUGCAUUAUGUGAAUUAUGGGACUUUGCAGGACAAAAAGAAUUUUAUGCUACACAUCAAGCAUUUUUAACAAGUAGUGCAGUAUACCUUGUAGUUGCAGAUAUGAAGGACGACAUAAGUAAACAAGGAUUGGGUCAGUGUUUUGCCGAUUUUCAGCAUAUUGGAGAAUAUGUUGAUUUUUGGUUUGAUUCUAUCCAUUGUCAUCGAACAACCGACAAACCAGCUAGGUAUGGCCACUUCGAUCCUCCGAUUUUAUUAGUUUUCACUGGAAAGGAUAAAUAUGACAAGGCAGAUUUUAAGAAGAGAGAAAAGGAACUCAAUGAUCAAAUAGACCAAGUUCUUGGAUUUCAAAGCAAAUAUCAUCACUUGCACAACAAGUUUUAUCUGUCAAAUACAAAUGACAGUGACACAGAAUUUGAGAAGUUGCAAUACGCAAUUUACGAUACUGCACGGAAAAUGGGAAAUUGGGGUAAUGCUUUUCCGUUAAAAUGGAUUCUUUUAGAACAUUUGAUUGAAAUUAAUAAGAACGAUAACAAGCAUUUCAUCAACUUUACUGAUAUGUCAAAUCUGGCUAAACAUCCAGAUAUCAAUAUUCUAGAAAAGGAGGAUUUGUUGUUGUUUCUUCGAUUUCAGCAUAACGUAGGGAACAUAAUUUUCUUUGCUAAUAUACCGGAUUUAAUCAUAUUAAGACCCCAAUGGUUAGCAGAUGCUUUCCGAUGUUUAGUUUCAGAUAGAGUUGAAAACAGAAGAUUGCAUCACCAUGAGGACUGGACACUGUUUAUACGACAAGGCAAAAUAAGCGAAUCGUUAAUAACAGAACUGUUCAAAUCAAAAGAUGGAAGUCAGUUUUCAGAACAGACAAAUAAUUUGCAUGCAGUUAUGGAAAAGCUUGAUAUAUUGGUCAAAAUUGGUAACUCAAAUUAUAUAAUGCCAAGCAUGAUGCCGCCCUCCACGUUUGAUGUUGUAUGUGAAAAAUUUGACAUUCUUACACAAAAAUGUAAAAGGACUUCUUGGCUUUGUUUUAAAUUUGAAUUUCUCCCACCUUCUUUCUUUAACCAUCUAUCUGCCUGGUUUAUCAGAAACUACUACUCUAGCAAAGUAGAGGGUGGUAUUGCUUUAUAUCGUGGCAUCUGUAUGUUUGACAUUGAUGGAUCUGGUGGUACAAAGAUACUAGUUACUAUGUCGACUGAUACAAUUGCUAUUCAGCUCGUGUCGUUUUCCGAAGAGGAGGGAUUCGGAAGCACGUGCAGUGAUAUCUACAGAGAAGUGAAACAACUAAUUGAAGAUAUAAAAGAGAGAUAUAAGGUGAAAAUAUCGUUUAAACUCCAUUUCAAAUGCAGUGAUGGCUAUUAUUUUCAAGACACAUUUGAAUAUGAGAAAUUGACAAGUGAGAAGGAGUGUUUCUGUACUCAACAUAAGCAAAUGCAUCGAUCUAACCAGAUAUAUUCGCCUUGGAUGAAUAAUAAGGUUACACGGAUUCCUGACAGAGCGAACAUAAGUACCAAGCAGGAUGACCAUAAUCCAAAAAAUGAACCAAAAAUAGAAGCUCAGGACCAAACAUCUGUCAAAACCAACCUUCCUGUUUCUGUCACUUUGCGUCAAGAGUUAAAUAUCCAAAAGUCAAAGAAUGAAGAUCUGUACAUUACUAGCUGUAUCAAAAUAGACAAUACAUUAGUGUUUACCGACUAUUUAAAUAACCAACUUAUUAUUUGUAAUUCAGACGGUACUGAUAUCCAUCACAUUCCUCUGUCCUAUAGACCAGGGUAUAUGACAGUGGUAAAUAUUAACACUGUAGCAGUAUCCUGUGGAUAUGACAGAACCAUACUGAUAAUAAAUUUAUCUACAGGUUCUGUCACCAGUACAAUCAACACCAGUGGUAACUGCUGGGGAAUGUCAUAUAAUGAUAAUAACCUGUACGUUGUUAUUGAUAGGAGUAUAAUACAUGUGAUGGACCUGACAGGUAAAGUAAUACGUACUAUACCUUUACCUUCAGACCGUAUCACCGACAUUACAGUAGACAGAGACAGGUUGGUCUGUAUAGACAAAACAUCAAUAUACUGCUGCUCGUUAGAUGGAAAACUAAUUUGGAAGUUUGAAAAGGAUGAAUUUCAAGAUUUAACUUGUGUGACAACAGAUAAUGAGGGGAAUGUCUAUGUGACUUAUUUUCACACAGUAAUAGUUGUAUCAGACGAUGGCAAACAUCAUAGAGAAUUUCUCGCUAAAUCGGAUGGAUGGAAUGAGCCGUUGGGAAUUUAUUUUGACAAACAAGAAAAUAUUCUGCUUGUUUGUAAUUAUUUUGACGGAAAGGCUUUUCUUUUCGACGUGAAAAAGAAACGAACAUAAAUAAACAUAAAUAAUUCUGUCAGACAAUGAGUUUAUUCGGACUCAGAUCUGUUUAUGCAUUUAGUCAUUCAAAACAACUUCUAUUUAUCUAUUUUUUCUUUACUAUUAACUUAAUUGGUUGUCAUGAUCUGUACAGUUGUAUACCGUAUUCAGAUUA